UGUCGCCGUCGCUGUUGCCGACGCUGUCGUUUGCCGCUGCUUCGUUUUGUGGCGUUUCGUAUACCAAUCAGUUGUCAGUUCGCAUCCAACUAGAAAGCAGUUAACGAGCAGAGUCCGUUGCGUUUGCGGUUAAAAGCCACGAGCUCAAGCAACAGCAGAAGCCGCCCACAAAAAAACCAACAACAAGUGUAUAAAUACAUAAGUGUGUGUGCUUGUUUGUACAUACAUACAUACAUAUGUACAUUCUUAUCUGUAUGCGGAAUCGAUGCACGUAACUGUGUGUGCGUGCGUGUGUGUGUGAGCAAGAAAUUAUGCCAGUUAGCCUUAAAACGAAGCUUAAUAAUAAUUAAUACACAAAACCGGCAAAAGUUCUGCUCAAAACAACAACAAAAAAAAAACAUCGCAUUUUAAGAGUAAAUAAAUGCACAACAAAGAGACUCCCGCAAAAGUGUUGACAACAACUAAAUCAUAAAGUGCACAAUUUCAACUAACAACAAGAAUACAACUAACAACAAGUUAACAAGGAGCAGCUGCAACAACAACAACAACAACAACAACAACAACAACAAACAGGAACAGCAACAACAUCAGGAGCCAGCAAAGCUUCAACUCAAUUUCUGAUUAGACCAACACAGUGCUGCUUCCAGUUUUGGAGCGAGCUGAGGAAAGCCACAAAGCUGCAACUACAGGACGAACUGUUUGCCAUCAUGGACGGCUUCGCUCAGGACUGGCCCAAUCUGCCCCGCUCGGAUAACGGGCUGCAUAUGGAUCAGCUGAUCGGCGAGCUGCCAACAGAUGGCGGCUUUGAGCCGCAGACGCGCGCCCGCUCCAACACGUGGCCAUGUCCACGGCCCGAGAACUUUGUGGAGCCCGUCGAUGAGCUGGACAGCACCAAGGCCAGCAAUCAGCAGCUGGCCAGCGGCGAUCCACAGCAGGCCAUGCAGAAUGCGAAUGCGGCCAAAAAGAACUCAUCCCGUCGCAAUGCAUGGGGCAAUCUGUCCUAUGCCGAUCUCAUAACGCACGCCAUAGGCUCCGCCACGGACAAGCGUCUAACGCUGAGCCAAAUCUACGAGUGGAUGGUCCAGAACGUCUCCUACUUUAAGGAUAAAGGUGACUCGAAUAGCAGCGCUGGCUGGAAGAACUCCAUCCGGCACAAUCUGUCGCUGCACAAUCGGUUUAUGCGCGUGCAGAACGAGGGAACUGGGAAGUCGUCCUGGUGGAUGCUCAAUCCGGAGGCCAAGCCUGGCAAAUCGGUGCGACGUCGUGCCGCCUCCAUGGAGACAUCGCGCUACGAGAAGCGUCGCGGACGGGCCAAGAAGCGCGUCGAGGCUUUGCGUCAGGGCGGAGUUGUUGGUCUCAACGAUGCCACGCCCUCGCCGAGCAGCAGCGUCAGCGAGGGGCUCGAUCAUUUUCCAGAGAGUCCGCUUCACAGCGGCGGCUUUCAAUUGUCGCCCGAUUUCCGUCAGCGCGCCUCAUCGAAUGCCAGCUCCUGCGGCCGUCUCAGUCCGAUACGGGCAUUGGAUCUCGAGCCCGACUGGGGCUACUCGGUUGACUAUCAGAGCACGACAAUGACGCAGGCCCAGGCCCAGCAGCUUGACCAGCUGGCCGGCUCCAUGGCGGAAGAGCUCAAACUCCAGAGCGACAUGUUGCAGCAGCAAGGGUUCAGCGCCGCAUCUGGCCUGCCCACCCAUCAGCCGCCGCCGCCGCCCUAUCAGCCGCCGCCGCAGCUGCAGCCACAAAGCUAUUCCCUCAAUGGACCAGGAUAUGCAACAAUGCAGCCGCAGGCGCAGCCUCAGCCUCAGCAGUGCCUGCUGCAUCGCUCGCUCAACUGCGGCUGCCUGCACAGCGGCCCAGUGCGAGAUGGCCUGUCGCCCAACUCAGUUACCACCACAAUGUCGCCUGCGUAUCCCAAUAGCGAGCCCUCGUCCGACUCCCUCAACACAUACAGCAACGUUCUGCUCGACGGCUCCUCCGAUAAUGCUGCACUUCUUCAACAGCAUCAACAGCAACAGCAGCAGCAGCAGCAGCAGCAGCAGCAGGAUAAUAACUGCGCCUCUACUUUGAUAGGGCAAUGCCUGGAGGCGCUCAACAGCGAGCAAAUUGACGAAUUUAAUCUGGAGGACUUUCAGGGCGGGCUCGAGUGCAACGUCGAGGAGCUGCUGCAGCAGGAGAUGCGAUACGACGGACUGCUGGACAUUAAUAUACCGCUGGCAGCGGUCAACACGAAUACCAACAAUGUGAUCUUAACCAAUAAUAGUACAAACAGCAGCAGCAGCAGCAGCAACAGCGCCGCCGCCGCAGCCGGCUCCAACAGCAGCGCAAAUGUUCAGCUCAAUCAGUUGCAGGCGCAGCUCCAAUUGCAGCAGCAACAACAGCAACAACAGCAGCAGCAACAGCAACAGCAGCAACAGUUGCUGUUAAGCAACAACAAUAAUAACAACAACAACAACAACAACAGCCUGGAACUGGCCACACAAACGGCGACGGCAAAUCUAAACGCCCGCGUCCAGUACUCACAGCCCAGCGUGGUCACCUCGCCGCCCUCCUGGGUGCAUUAAGGUAGUUGAGCUCAGCUCGGAUCGAGUUGAAGACGACGCGGCUGGGCCCUAAUCUAAGGACAAUAUUGUGUACACUUUAAACUAGCAGGAGGAUGGCAGGCAGCUCUCGCCGCAGCCCCACAACAGUUUACAAAGAUUUAUCUGGUCGCUUCUAAUUUAAAAUAUACACACAUAAAUACACACACACACACACACAUACAUACACACAUACAUACGUAUAGCAUAUAGAAACGCGUAAACUUAACUGCAUAGUGACAUAGAAACUAAUAUACAAUGUUUAGCGCUUAUAAUUAGUAGAAUUCUCUGUGCAUGGAAAAUGUAAUUCAUAUUAACAAACGAACGCAAAAACAAGUAAAAUGCAAAAUUACAUUGAAAUUUCUUUGAAAGAAAUUCAACAACAACAACAACAAUAAUAAUAACAACCCUUUGCAAAUAUUUGCUAGUUAGUAAGUCAUUUUAUGUACAUAUUAAUUUUAAUACCCUUAGCAUAAAGUGAACCACAAAUAACAAAGCGUAAAACGUACAGAAAAAAAAAUAAACAACAAAAAAUUGAUGUUCCAAAAUAUUCAACUAAAAGAGCGACAAGUAAACAAAAAAAAUAAACAAAUAAUAAGAUGAAAACUUAAAAAACCAAUUAGCACAAUUAUGUAAUAAUUUAUGCCCAAUGUAUUUAAUUGAAAAUAUUUGUCCACAUAUAUUACAUGCGUGUAAUUGUAAUUGUAAUUUGUACAUUUUUUGUAGAAUGCUUAAAACAAAGUCUUUAAAUCAUAUAUGUAUGUAUAUUAUGCUUAGGAUUCGCAAUGGAAUACGUAAUAUUCUCUGGUACUACUCUAUGUAUGCAAAUAGCUCGGCCCGAAUGGCUAACGAGAGAUUUUCUUUUUGUGAAAAGUCGUUAAUCCAAUGGAAAACUGAAACUGGGCUAUUUACGUUUGUUAUAGAUAGUAAUCAUACAAGUUAAUCAAAACACACAAACAAACAAACAAACAAAUUGAAUGUAAUUCAUAAAAUAUUAAUCUAAGUAAAUGUAAAUGUUGCUAGGCAAAUAAACGUAAACGAAAACAAAAAAUAUAACAAAUAAAUUUAUAUUACCUAAC